CGCAUUCUCCGGUCGCAGAUUGUUGUGGGCGCGACGAUUGUCGGGGCUUCGAUCCAUACACAGGUUCUUCAGCAGUUGCGACCGGAUGUCGUCGUUGUUGAGGAAGCCGCAGAGGUGCUUGAGCCUCUUCUACUUCCGUGUCUCGGGCCAUGGGUGAAGCACCUUAUCAUGAUCGGUGAUCACCAGCAGCUACCACCUAUGGUCGAGUCGGACAUACUUCGUACAGAACACAACUUUGCCACGUCCGCAAUGCUCCGCAUGAUCAAGCUUAACGAAAAGAAAAUGGAGGUAUUAAGCGACUGA